CACACCGUCAACGAAAAGGAAAUGUUCCAAAGGGAUCCAGGCCAGUCCGCCACUCCGCACGUGGCGAAAGCUGCGGCUGCCACGAAGGCAACGCUCAUGCUCCUGCUGACUAGGUCCGUAGCAGUACGAGCGUUCUCCACCAGUCCGGCGUCCUUCGCACCUAGGGCGGCAGCCGUUCGGUACCCCCUUCGCCGUCUCUCGCCAUGGCCUGGCCUGCAAACCCUCGACGGCGGCAGGACAGUCGCCGUUGCAACUGGCGCCGGUGCUACCGGGCAUAGACAGCCCAGACGAUGGAUCCGAGCGUCAGCAACGGCAGCGGCGGCGGAAGCGGACACAGCGAAGUCGGGAGGGGCGCUCCGACCGCCAUCGAUCGUUGAUGAGAAUGGCGACAUGGCGACACACUACGACUUCUUGUCGGUGGAGCGGAGCAUGUACGCAUGGUGGGAAGAGAAAGGCUACUUCAAGCCGGGCGGCGACCCGAAGAAGAAGCCGUACGUCGUACCCAUGCCGCCGCCGAACGUUACCGGGUACCUUCACAUGGGGCACGCCAUGGGUACCACGUUGCAGGACAUUUUGACGCGCUACCACCGCAUGCGGGGCGAGCCCACCCUGUUCCUCCCCGGGCAAGACCACGCGGGCAUCGCGACUCAGAUGCUGGUGGUGAAGGCCCUAGCCGCCGAGGGCAUCGACCGCAAGGAGAUCGGCCGAGAGGCCUUCCUGAAGAAGGUGUGGGAGUGGAAGGAGGACAAGGGGGGCUACAUCGUGCGGCAGAUGCGGCGGCUUGGGGCCUCUGCGGACUGGUCCCGGGAACGGUUCACGCUCGACCCGGAGAUGAGCGCGGCCGUGACGGAGGCAUUCGUUCGCCUUCACGAGAAGGCAAGAGCAAUGAAGUUUUUCCCGCGAUGUGCACCGUUCGAAUGUGUACACAACUUUCGUGGGGACGGGAAAGCUGCAGGGGGGUUGGUGUACCGAGGGGACUAUAUGGUGAACUGGAGCCCGUCCCUCCAGACGGCGGUGAGCGAUUUGGAGGUGGAGUACUCCGAGGAGGACGGCAAGCUCUACUACUUCAAGUACAUGGUGGCCGGGGGCAAGGAAGGCGAGCACUUGUCGGUGGCCACGACGAGACCCGAGACUAUCCUCGGCGAUACCGCCGUUUGCGUCCAUCCCGAGGACGAGCGGUUCAAGCACCUGGUGGGCGGGAAGGUGGUCGUCCCUCUCUCGGGCCGCGAGAUCCCCAUCAUCGCCGACGACUACGUGGACAUGGAGUUCGGGACGGGCGCGCUCAAGAUCACGCCCGGUCAUGACCCGAACGACUACGAGAUCGGCAAGAGGCACUCGCUGCAGACGAUCAACCUCAUGGAGAAGGACGGCACCAUGGCGAAGACGGCGGGGGCGUACGCGGGGCAGGACAGGUUCGACUGCAGAAAUAACAUGUGGGCGGACAUGGAGGCCGCGGGGCUUGCGCUGAAGGCCGAGCCAUACCUGCAGCGGGUCCCCCGUUCUCAGCGGGGAGGGGAGGUGAUCGAGCCCCUGGUGUCUUCGCAAUGGUUCGUGAAGACGGAGGGGAUGGGGGCCAAGGCCCUGGCGGCCGUCCAGGAAAAGGACAUCCAGAUCCUCCCCGAGAGGUUUAACAAGGUCUGGCACAACUGGCUGGACGGCAUCCACGACUGGUGCGUGUCGCGGCAGCUUUGGUGGGGCCACCAGAUCCCGGUCUGGUACGCGUCUGGCCACGACGGUUACUUCGUCGCCAGGUGGGUGGCCAAUAAGAAAAUGCCGAACGAGGACAGUAUUGCGUGUCUGUAA